GGUCCGGUCUCGCUCCGGUACCGGUUCCGCUCCCCGCCAUGAGCAACAAUCAGUUCAACAAGGGUCCGUCCUAUGGCCUCUCCGCCGAGGUCAAGAACCGGCUCGCCCAGAAGUACGACCCCCAGAAGGAGGCUGAGCUGCGGACGUGGAUCGAGAGCGUGACAGGGCAGCAGAUCGGACCUGACUUCCAGAAGGGGCUGAAGGAUGGAGUCAUCCUCUGCGAGCUGAUGAACAAGCUGCAGCCCAACUCGGUGAGGAAGAUCAACCGCUCGGCACAGAACUGGCACCAGCUCGAGAACCUCUCCAACUUCAUCAAGGCCAUGGCCAGCUACGGCAUGAACCCUGUGGACCUCUUCGAAGCCAACGACCUCUUUGAAAGUGGCAACCUGACGCAGGUGCAGGUGUCACUGCUGGCACUGGCGGGCAUGGUGAGCAGCAGGCACCAGCCUCUUGGCUGGAUUUCUGGGCUGGGGCAGUGCCCAUGGGAGCCCAGAGCUCCUCCUGCCCGGGGAGUGGGACCUCCACUCUCCCUCACCACUCCUCUCUGGCAGGCCAAGACGAAAGGGCUGCAGAGCAGUGUGGACAUCGGCGUGAAGUACUCAGAGAAGCAGCAGAGGAACUUCGAUGAGGCCAAGAUGAAGGCUGGGCAGUGUGUGAUCGGGCUGCAGAUGGGCACAAACAAAUGUGCCAGCCAGUCUGGCAUGACAGCCUACGGCACCAGGAGGCACCUCUACGACCCCAAGAACCAGAUCCUGCCACCCAUGGACCACUCCACCAUCAGCCUCCAGAUGGGCACCAACAAGUGUGCCAGCCAGGUGGGCAUGACAGCUCCUGGCACCAGGAGGCACAUCUACGACUCCAAGACGGGCACGGAGAAGUGCGACAACUUCUCCCUGUCGCUGCAGAUGGGCUCCAACCUGGGCGCCAGCCAGAGCGGGCAAGUCUUCGGCCUCGGCCGCCAGAUCUACGACCCCAAAUACUGCCCGCAGGGCAGCCAGGGCGAGGCUGCCAACGCUGCCUGCGGCCAGAGCGGGGACGCCGCUGGGUACCACUGCUACCGGGAGGAGGAGGAGAGCUACUGAGCAGGGCAGCCCCCGGCGCCGCCUCGCACCCCCCUCGGCAGCCGCGUCCCAGCCGCCAGCUCCAUCAGGAUCUUUCUUUUGGAGGCCUCUUAGGGUUUGGAAGUCUUUUAGGAAGGGGAAGAUUUGGA